CAGCGACUCUGGUCAACAUACACACGCGCUACCAUGCCAAGCUCCACAGGACCGAGGAUGGUCUCCUACGCUGCCGUAGCUCUGACCACGCUGCUGCUGCGGUGCUCGGGAUUCACGAUGACGGCUGCCCCGAAGGGUCCUCCAACGAGCGCGAGCAGAGGGGACUUCUUGAAGAGCGCAGCGAUUGGCAUCCUUGGAGCCGGCGUCGGAGUAUCGGCGGCAAGCGUCGCGGUCGAACGGCCGGUGCUGGAGAGUGCGGAAGCGGCGGAUCCCUUGGUGGAGACAUACUGGGGGAACGGCUGCUUCUGGCAUGUGCAGCAUGAGAUGAUCAAGGCAGAGCAGGCUAUCCUCGGCAGGUCCACCGAUGAGCUGACUUCCUACGCGGGCUACGGUGGGGCGAAGAAAAACUUCCAAGGGGACAAGCUGUGUUACCACAACAUGCGAGGGAUCGGCGACUACGGCAAGGCCGGGGCCGCGGAGGUCGUGUCCGUGACAAUUCCUUCGUCGAAAUUGCCCGAGUUUUCGAAGGCGUACUUCGACAUGUUCGUAAAAUACGACAACGGCGCCGGGCGAAUUUUCAUGGAUCGGCGGGACCCUCAGGAUCGAGGAGGGGAGUAUAGGUCUCUGCUGGGCGUGCCGGGUGGGCUCUCGGGGCCACUGGCAGAUCCCAUCAAGCAAGAGGCCGCCGCGCGGGGGCUGGCGCUGAGGGAGGGGAACGGAGGCGAUCCUGACACUCUCAUGAGGAACACGGUAUUUGUCAUGGACACGGCGACGUUCCCGUUCUUCAAGGGCGAGAUUUACCACCAGUUCCACAACGACAUGUCUGAGGACUACGGCCGCAAGUACAACAACCUCCGGAAGCAGUACGCCGAGGAGGGCACGAUGCAGGAAACUGGCUGCCCCGAGAAGUUCAUGUAGUACGAAGAAGCAUCGCUUCGCUUUGUUUAGAGAGAACCACACGAAACGAAUAGCCCCCUUCGGCGAACCCGCAGCCUCGAAUGCGAUGGGUUGUUCAAUCGGUGUAAUGGUGCGGUGCAACGGCUUGAUUGCACGGGCAGAUAGAUACAUGCGGUUGUCGUUAGUGUUUGGGGGCUGAAAGCACUUGCGUUCGAACUUACCCAAAGUCUUGGGCCCUGCUCAGGCGAGGUUUGGUGUGAGUGCGCUCCUCCUCAGCUCAACUCCUCGGCCAUGUGUGGCCCAAGCGUUAUUGCGGGUAGAUGCUGUGUUCUCUUCUGUUCGGUGCCUUCCAGUUCGGUAAAAUGGGAGUGGCGAGCAGGAGGAAAGCCCCAGGGUUACCAUGGGGGAGUGAAUCGUGUGGCAGAGUUAACCGUCAAGAAGUUCGCUGCUCGUUGGGUGUUGUUCUAGAAAGAUAGUUGUUACUGUGCAGGCGGGUAUAGCAUGUAUUGCUAUUGCAGUAUUUCCCGUGGAGCCGAAAAUGACGUGACACGUUUAGGAAGCAGCAGUAGAGGUUGAGAAGGUCAAGAUACAGGAAACCAACUUGAGAUUGCAGAAAGAUUAUUAUUUUUGCGUUUGUUUACCCUCGUCUUGUGUACCUUGCCCAAUAGCCGUUGUCAACCCACACGAGCGUCAACGCCCGAUGACUCAAUUUGAAUGACCUUGCCUAGGCUCCUGGACUGAAGAGCAAGGCCGUGCAGGUUUGACCAAGUCUCAACAGGGUGCCCUCGGGGGGGCCGUGAAAGGCAUCUACUGCUGUAGUUUCCACCACGCCGCAGCGGAAGCUGCGUGUGCGUUUGUUUAGCGUGCGUGGUGUACGCAAGUUUGUUUUUUGGGGUGCGGGCGGGUUUCGCAAGAGCACGUGAAGGGCGGAAGACGUUUUCUCAUCCACUAGAUGGUUGGAAUAUCGCCUAGUUAAGCGCCCUCUGCAGACCGGGGCAGUCCCUCGGUGCAGUCUCUGAUCAGGGUUGGAGUAUGGCAGAAGCCGUUGUCCGAUGGUGUUGCCGAAAAGUUUUAACAUCAUUUCUUCCGUGAUCUCUCCAGCAAUAAACAGUAGUAGAGGACAGUC